CGAGGAUGGAGCCGUCGACCAAGAAAGAACCUUCUGCGGGGGAAAGAGAGGCUGGGGGGAAAGCCACACUGACGCUAACCUUCGCCCUCCGCAACGGGAGAAAAGCUGGCAUUUCCAGGGCGGCCAAAGUGUUCGAGGUGUUCGAUACUAAAAUCUAUCACCUUGAAACCAGACCAGCUAAAGUAUCUAGAAACACUGCAGAUGACCUUGAAUUUUUCGUGAGAUGUGAAGUUCCUAACUGCGAGGUCAGCAGCCUCACCAAUUCCUUAAAGAGGGUGGCAGAGGAUGUGAAAGCCAACCAAGAAGAAAGAGCACCGUGGUUCCCGAAGAAAAUACGAGACCUUGACAACUGCCAUCACCUGAUCACCAAAUUUGACCCUGAUCUGGAUCAUGACCAUCCGGGAUACACAGAUGCUGAAUACAGGAAGCGAAGGGCUUUUAUCGCUGACCUGGCCUUCAAUUUCAGACAGGGUGACCCAUUGCCAAGAGUUGAGUACACAGCCCAGGAAACGGCUACAUGGAGAGAAGUCUACCAGAAGCUAAGCAGUCUUUAUCCCACUCAUGCCUGCCACCAAUAUCUGGUGGCCUUUCAUCAGCUGGAAAAAUACUGCGGGUAUCAAGCAAGCCAUAUUCCUCAGCUGCAGGAUAUCUCUGCAUUUCUAACAGAAAGAACUGGCUUCAAGCUGAGGCCAGCUGCAGGGCUUCGGUCGGCUCGGGAUUUCCUUGCUAGCCUGGCAUUCCGUGUCUUUCAGACAACCCAAUACAUAAGGCACUCGUCUUCCCCAAUGCAUUCCCCAGAACCUGAUUGCUGUCAUGAACUGCUGGGCCAUGUCCCCAUGUUAGCUGACAAAGAAUUUGCCCAGUUCUCUCAGGAUAUUGGUUUAGCUUCUCUUGGAGCAUCUGAUGCUGAUAUAGAAAAACUGUCAACACUCUAUUGGUUUACUGUUGAGUUUGGACUCUGCAAACAAAAUGGAACUAUUAAAGCCUAUGGAGCAGGUCUCCUGUCCUCCUAUGGGGAGCUGAUGUAUGCUUUGUCAAAGAAGCCACAGUACAAACCCUUUGACACAGACGUGAUGGCCGUCCAGCCUUACCAGGACCAGUCCUUCCAACACGUCUACUUUGUAGCAGAACACUUUGAAGACAUGAAGUCUCAGCUCCAAAAAUACAGCGUUAAGAUCAAGAAACCCUUUACUCUUCAUUAUAAUCUUACCUGCAAUGUCGAGGUUCUUGACUCACCACAGAAAGUGAAGGAAAUUGUUACCCACUUGAAAGAAGAACUGAAAAACCUCUGCCAUGCCUUUGAAAAGCUUUCGUAA